AUCUAUCCUGUCCUGUCCUGUCCUAUCCUAUCCCGCACUAAAAUCUCUCUCUCUCUCUCUCUCUUACUCUCUUUCACACAACUCACACAACCUCUCUCCUCUGCAGCCCAUAACCAUGGAUUCCGAAGCUGGCAAAGUCGAAAUGUUCUUCUUCCCAUUCGUGGGCGGAGGCCACUUAAUCCCCAUGAUCGACCUCGCCAGAAUCUUCGCCUCCCAUGGCGUCAAAGCCACCGUCAUCACCAUCCCCAACGACGCCGUCGUCUUCCAAAACGCCAUCGCUCGCGACCAAAACUCCGGCCUCGACAUCCACCUCCACCCCCUCCCUCUCCCCCCCGGCCAACACCUCCAAACCAUCACCUCCGUCGACAUGUCCGCUCCUCCAUUCACCGACACCUCAAUCCUCCAAUCCCCACUCACCCACCUCCUCCUCCUCCACCGCCCUGACUGCAUCAUCGCCGACUCUUUCCACCGCUGGGCCGCCGACUCUAUCGACUCCAUCGGCAUCCCCAGACUCAUCUUCAACGGCAAUUGCUGCUUCUCCCGCUGCUGCGAACACAGCAUCAAACUCCACGCCCCUCAGUUGAAUUCAGACCCCUUUGUGUUGCCGGGUCUUCCUCAUCGGAUCGAACUGACGAGAUCUCAGCUUUCGAUUUACGCCCGAUCGGGAACUGAGUUUCCGGGUAAGCCGAUGAGAACGGAGCUGAACAGUUUUGGGCAAGUGAUGAACAGCUUCUUCGAAUUGGAACCAGAGUAUGCUGAAUACUUUAGAAAUCAAAUGGGGAGGAAAGCAUGGAUUAUUGGUCCCGUCUCGCUGUGUAAUAGAAAUGUUGAGGAUAAGGCUGAGAGAGGCCAGAAAUCCGCCAUUGAUGAACACAGCUGCUUGAAUUGGCUCGAUUCGAAGAAACCCAAUUCUGUUCUGUAUGUGAGUUUCGGGAGCUUAGUUCGCAUGAACCCCACACAGCUCCUCGAGCUCGCACACGGACUCGAGGCUUCCGAUUGCUCCUUCAUAUGGGCUGUAGGAAAAAUCCAAGAAUCCGCCGGAGAAGAUGAGAAUUGGAUUCCGGAUGGGUUCGAAGAGAGGAUGAAGAAAACCAAUAAAGGACUGAUAAUCAAAGGUUGGGCACCGCAGUUGCUGAUCUUGGAACAUGCUUCCGUGGGAGGUUUCAUGACACACUGUGGAUGGAAUUCGACGUUGGAAGGUGUGUGUGCCGGAGUGCCGAUGGUGACGUGGCCGCUCUCGGCGGAGCAAUUUUACAAUGAGAAGCUGGUGACUGACGUGCUGAGGAUAGGGAUUAAGAUUGGGAGCGAGGAAUGGGCGUCGUGGAAUAUGGAGAGGAAGACUGUGGUGGGGAGGGAGAAGGUGGAGGCGGCGGUGCAGCGGUUGAUGGGUGGUGGUGAGGCGGCGGAGAUGGCGGCGAGGGCUAAAGAUUUGGCGGAGAAGGCGAAGAGAGCGGUGGAGGAAGGUGGGUCGUCGUAUAAUGAUGUGGAGGAUUUGAUUGAAGAGCUUAAGUCUCGCCGGAAAACGGAAGCCACCGCCGCCGACGAGAAGGCACAGUGAAUCAUGGUCCGACGUUAAUAUGGGUGGGAAAAUUAUGGGGAAAUUACCUCUCACGGGUAGCUUAAAAAAUAAUUACAAAAACGUGAUAAGUUUAUGAUUUUAAUUUUUAUUAAUUUAAAUAGCAAGUUAUAUCAUUUUUGUGUAUUUUUUUUUUAU